AUGGCGCAGAAGACGUGGGCCAAGCUGGCGUACUCGGAUGGUCGUGCAGUUCCAGUUGAUCAUGCUCCUACCUUUGGCGAUUUCCUGGUGGCUCUGAAGAACCUUUUCGGGGACAGUUACCUCGCUGGAGUCUCUCCUUUCAACAUCAAAGUGAACGAGAGCCAAGAGAAGCUUGAAGCCAACGAGAAUAUCACUUCUACCGACGCUCUCCAAAGACAUGGCAGGACCGAGACCGACCCGCUGCUCCUCCUAGUGCCGAAGAGAGAUGUCUUCUACCAGAUGAAGCUCGAAGGGUUCCCUAGCGAGCGCACAUUUCGGGUUGAAUCGACGGGCGAAGCCUUCACCGUCGAAGACUUCCUAGCAGCGGUGUAUACGCGGCACAGAGGGCUUCUAACACACUAUUCGGAGGCCAACUUCGUGGCGUACAACAACGGCGAGGCGUUCAAUAGAACGCCGAAGGGUGGGUCUCUAGACGGGGGAACGGGGAUCGGGACGCUUGGUUUCUCGCGUGAGGACGCCCUAAUUGUGGAAGUCGUGGAGUUGCAGAUUGGAAGGGGCGUGCCAGCAGAGGAGAACAUGCCAUUCGAGGGAGAGUAUCGACGUUAUACCCACUCGGAGCUUGGUGCCGACUUUGACAAGGGAAUUUCCGUCAUGAAGGAGCUGAACGUCUCGAUGAGUAGUGUGGACAAGGCGCAGUUACUUGCUGGAGUCGAAGUCCAACGCGCUGGAAUCCAGCCGUUCCAGUGGGGAAGUAUCGCCAAGCUAACCGAUGAGCAGCAGCGCGACUCGUACCGCAGUUACCUGGAGACCCACCUCGCUGAUGUGCUGUCGGAGAAAAAAAUGUGCGUGUUUGCGGUGAACAGACAGUCGACUUUCCUCACGGCCGUGAUCCCUGGCACCGACGUUGAGCUUGGUGGACACACGGAUCUGAUCGUACUGGGAGCUGUGGUGAAGACCCACCCAGAUAUGUUUGGUCCAUGCGUUGAGUCGUCCAAGUUGGCGAUUGAAGUGAAGAAGACGGCGAAGGAGAGUGACGCCUUCGAGGCUGUGUCGGAGCUCAUCACUCUGAGCGUACUCACGUGUGACCCCGUGACGGUCCUACUGACGGACUUGCAAAGUGUCUGGCGGUUCUUCUGGGUUGGAGAGAAGAGCGACACGCACACGGUGGUGUACUCGGCGCUGAUCUCCGACCACGACGAAGCUUUUGCGGUGAUGAAGAAGCUGAUCCCACCGACCGAGAGGCUCUUUACGCGAUGCAAACUGCGGGACAUGCUUCCGUUGGCCCGUGGACAGGGCGCCGGUGGGUCCAUUAUGGAGAGUAUCCAGCGGUAUUAUGACGUUGAGAGUGCGUCGGGUCCUGAUCUCGAGUUGGCGCGUGCUGUGGGCGACCUCAUUGUCCACCAUCAUCAGCUAAAGUAG